CCGUGUGCGAGGUACCGCUGACCUCACAAGACUCCUCGUGCAUCCACCCCAACCGUCCCCGUCCCCCAAGGCUUCCGCAUCGUCGCAAACAGGCCCAUCCACAUCCCAUCAUCACCCAUCUUGCACGUCUUCUCUCUCAAUAUUUCGUUUCUGUUUUCAUUCCCAUAAUCUACGCUUACUGGUUACAUUGUCUCACUAUGAAAUACUCAUCUGCCGUAGCGGCUGCUGCGCUGCUCGGCUCUGCCAGUGCCGGCGUGCACAAGAUGAAGCUCAAGAAGGUUCCUCUUAGUGAGCAGCUUGAGCAUCACGACAUCGGCCAACAUGCUCGCGCCCUUGGCCAGAAGUACAUGGGCAUUCGCCCUCAGAGUCAUGCGGAAGAGAUGUUCUCGGACACUCGCUACAAGGGCGAAGGAGCUCAUCCCGUUCCCGUCAGCAACUUCUUGAACGCUCAAUACUUCUCCGAGAUCUCUGUCGGAACUCCGCCACAAAACUUUAAAGUUGUCCUCGACACCGGCAGCUCCAACCUCUGGGUUCCAUCCUCGGAGUGUGGCUCGAUUGCGUGCUACCUUCACAGCAAGUACGAUCAUGACAGCUCAUCAACAUACAAGAAGAACGGCUCUGAGUUCGCCAUUCAAUAUGGCUCUGGCUCACUGAGUGGAUAUGUCUCUAGAGAUACCGUGAGAAUUGGUGACUUGACCAUCAAGGACCAACUUUUUGCAGAGGCGACAUCUGAACCGGGCCUUGCUUUUGCCUUCGGCAGGUUCGAUGGCAUCUUAGGCCUUGCCUACGAUACCAUUUCUGUUAACAAAAUCCCACCCCCAUUCUAUAGUAUGAUCGACCAGAAGCUUAUUGACGAGCCUGUUUUCGCAUUCUAUCUCAGCGACACAAAGGAUGGCGAUGACUCUGAGGCUGUCUUUGGCGGAAUCGACAAGUCCCAUUACACUGGUGAUAUCACUUACAUCCCCCUUCGUCGCAAGGCCUACUGGGAGGUUGAUCUCGACGCUAUCACUUUCGGUGACGCCACUGCUGAGAUCGAAAACACUGGUGUUAUCCUUGACACCGGCACCUCCCUUAUUGCACUCCCAUCCACUAUGGCUGAGCUCUUGAAUAAAGAGAUUGGUGCCAAGAAAUCCUUUAACGGCCAAUACACGGUUGAGUGCGAGAAGCGUGAUAGCCUUCCAGACUUGACCUUCACCUUGACUGGUCACAACUUCACUAUCGGCCCCUAUGACUAUAUUCUUGAAGUACAAGGUUCUUGCAUCUCUGCAUUCAUGGGCAUGGACAUCCCUGAACCAGCUGGUCCUCUUGCAAUUCUUGGCGAUGCCUUCCUCCGCAAGUGGUACUCCAUCUAUGACCUUGGAAAGGAUGCUGUUGGUAUUGCCAAAUCUGCGUAGAACCAAUAAGGUGGAAUGUGGAUAUAUGGAUGGUCGGAAGAAUUUGGAUGAUCGCUUUGUGCCAUAGUCACUUUGUUUGCUGAAGAAGGAUAAAGUUGUAUGGGUACGGAUAACGGAGUAAAAUCGAUAAGCUCUCUGGCUCCGUUUCAGUCUUUGAUAGUUCCCUUGUAUCCUAAAUCUGAAUAUUCUCAUAUCCAUAGUGAACCUGUUCUGUUGCUGAAAUCUCACUCGUACACGUAUUCAAGCUUAUCCAAUUCCAC